AUGCGACAACCCUCUCGUACAGCUCUAGACUCCGUCCUCCACCGCCUCCUCAACAAAUGGCACGCCGCCCUCUCUCUUCCCCGCCAAUCCCCACCGUCUUGGUACCGCGCCCGACUCCUCGAAGAGCUUCGUGAGCUGCGUUCUGCCUCCACCACUCUCAGCCGACUCAGCGAGACAGCCGACGUCUUCUUCUCCAUUAGCCGUGCUCGGUACGACGGUUUUCCCGUACGCACGCUUCCUCCUUUCUCCUUGGCGCGUCACGGUGUACCCAUGGUGUACAUGGUCGCCAAGUUCACACUCAGGUGGGGGUUCUAUAGGACGGCGGCGAGGUUGUGCGGAGCGAAGGAUUGGAAAAGUGUGAGGGAAGUGAUCAACCCGCUCAAGGAUCGCAAGUUGGGAGAGGUGUCAGCACGUCACGGCAUUGAUCCGGACAAGUUCCGUAAUACGGGCAGGAUGUUAAGGAGGGUUUGGCCAUUGCUACCCUAG